GCUGGCGGCGGCGACGACUGCGGGCUCUCGCCUUGCGCUGGUGCGGAGCCGGGCCCCCUCGGCUCCACGCAGGUGUCAGGCCGGGGGCCGGCGUGGGGCGGCCGCAGCCCCUUCCCUGCAUGAGCGACGGGGCGCGGGGAAGUUGCUGCCCGCCUGCCAUUUUGGUGCAGCCCUCGCGUUUGGCUGAGGAUAGUCCUCAUAGCUGUUCCUAUCCAGAACAGAGUAUACAAUGGGGAGAAAACUGGAUCUUUCAGGCUUGACUGAUGAAGAAGCAGAGCAUGUGCUCCAGGUGGUUCAGCGAGAUUUCAGCCUUCGGAAGAAAGAAGAAGAAAGGCUGAGUGAAAUGAAGCAGAAGUUGGAUGAAGAGGGUAACAAGUGCAGCAUCCUUUCCAAGCAGCAGAAGUUCAACGAGCACUGCUGUAUUCGCUGCUGUGCUCCUUUCACAUUCCUUAUCAACAGCAAACGACAGUGCCAGGACUGCAAGUACAACAUCUGCAAGAGCUGCAGUUCUUACCAGAAGAAGGAGAAGGCUUGGAUUUGCAGCGUCUGCCAGCAAGCAAGGCUCCUAAGGACCCAGUCUCUGGAUUGGUACUACAAUAAUGUCAAAAGCCGCUUCAAGUGUUUUGGAAGUGCCAAAGUCCUGAAGAACUUAUACAAGAAGCAUAGACUGGAGAGCGGAGGCUGUCCUGAUGUAAUAGCAGAAGGAGGGUUUCUUGAAGGCAGCUUUGAAAAUGAAGGAAGCAUUUGUGGCAGUGACUCUACAUUCUACCGACAGACAGAAGGACACAGCAUGAUGGAUACCCUUGCUGUGGCCUUACGUGUUGCAGAGGAAGCAGUGGAAGAAGCUAUUUCGAAGGCAGAGACCUACAGUGACAGCCUGGACAAGCAGAAUGAGGCUUGUUACUUGCAGGAACACAAGGAGGACCUCAUAGAAGAGCUGGCCACAACCAUCGUGCAGAAGAUUAUAAAGAAGCAGAAAAGCAAAACUGAGCAGGCUGAAGCUGACUUUGAAUGGCCACCAUCCAGGAGCAGUGGCCUGGCAUCGGUUGCUGUCUCGGAUCAGAGCAUGCUGACUUUUCCAGGGAGCCGCAGGGGGUCCUACACGUUAUGGAGGUCUCAGUCUGCGUUCUCCCUGGCUAGUGAAGAUAUGCCCAGUAAAGGACUCGACCCUGCAUCGUCUGUGACUGAGGCUCUUUGGAGGCAGCCAAAAGGCCACUUGAGGAAGCAGAAGGAGCACAAGCUCUCUGCGUUACCCAGCUGGAAGAGUGUGGACAGGCUAAAUGAAACAAAUCUACCUUCUGUGUUCCAAAGCACUGAUGGGAACUGGGUAGCUUUGCAGAACGUCACUUUGCCUCGUCCUCGCAUGCUCGCCAAACCAAAAAGUCAAGUGUUUGAAGCUUUGGAGAAUGAAUCCAGCGUUGUGUCUGCCUAUGACGAGAUGGGCUCAGACAGUGAGGAUGACUACGACUGGAAUGUGGCCUUGAACAAGCUGCGUCGGAGACCUCGGCAGUUACCAGGCGAUUUCUAUGAUACCAGUUCCCAGUACGGCACUGGCUGGGUUUACGGCAGCGAUCAGUACCAGGCAGUGACCUCCCCUUCCUCUGGCUUAUACACCAAUACUGAGACACUGUUCUCCGAUUCGGAAACAUCUUCACUCAACUCUUCCCAGGAAGCCAAAGGAACUGGCAAACUUCUCUGGUUACAAAGCAGAACUCAAAGUGAAGUGCCCAGAAUGGAAAGAAAGCAUUUCCACGGGGAACUGGAUGUGAAUUUCAACCCGCAGGCAACGAGCCUGGAGUACUCGGACAGCAGCGAGACUGAAGAGGUCCAUUAUGACUUAGAAAAGAGAUCGAGAAGGUGGAGAAAGACCAAAGCAAUCUCCGAAGAGUUCUGUGAAGAAAAAGACUGCACAAAAGGCGACAAGAUGAAUUCAAGUCAGGAUUUUGAUGAUUUAUCAGAAGCAGAUAGAAGCAGUGAAGAUCAGCGUCAUCAUAGCAAGCCUGACCUUACGGAGGAGGAACUUAAGUCCAGGUUAUUUCAGCUUGCUGCUAAAAUGAGUGACAAGGAAACAUCUUCUGGUGAAGAGCAGGAGUCAGAACCUAGAACAGACCCUGAAAACCAGAAGGAGAAUUCAUCCUCAGAGGAAAACGGUGGCAGAAGCAUUCAGGAAGAGCUACAGAAGGAAAUACAAAAGGCUUUUGAUCUACAUUUAAAGCUGCAGUUUUUAUCCACUGUAUUGCAGCAGAAGUACUCUGCUGUCUCUCUCUGCAACAUAUCCACAGAAGUCCUGAAAGUCAUCAAUGCCACUGAAGAACUGAUAGCAGAAUCCAGUGGUCCCUGCGAUUUCCCAGCUGACAUUCAGGACAGGGGAAAAGGGACCUUCCCUUUGGGGACAGACCCUAUCAGGCUUGAUGAGCAGCUCACCACACUGGAAGAAAACGUGUACCUGACAGCCAGCACGGUGUAUGGGCUGGAGGGGCAGCUGACCAGCCUGGAAGAUGCUGCACGCAAGAUCAACAGUGUCACUGCAGAGUCUGAGCUGGCCCAUCUGGAAGACCAAGUGGCCACAGCAGCCGCCCAGGUUCAUCACGCAGAGCUUCAGAUUUCAGAUAUUGAGAGCAGAAUAUCAGCUCUCACAGUUGCAGGCUUGAACGUGGCUCCAUGUGUUCGCCUGACAAGGAAACGGGAUCAAAAGCAAACAAACCAGAUGCACACAAUAGACACAUCAAGACAGCAGAGGAGAAAACUUCCAGCUCCACCAAUAAAAGGUGAAAAAAUAGAUGGUUCUCCAGUUACCACUGUCAGGACGUUCAACAGAAACUUCAUGCUUCAAGGAUCUCUAACACAAAGAACUAAAGAGAGGAAAAGCACUGCCAAGGACUUAAUGGAACCUGCAAUAGGAUCUGCUGUGAUGUACUAAACUUACUCCUACUGCCAGUAACACACUGCCUAAGGCUGUACACUAGAGUGCCUUUACUUAACAGCCAUUGCAUACGUCCAGCUGAAAAUGGACCCUCAAGAACCUACAAAGCCUCAGUUACAGGGCUUUGUUUGGAUACCUCACUGAGAAAGCUGUCCAAGUCUUCAGCAUUGUGGUCUGCUAAAGGAAACUCUGCCUUAAAGUUCUCACAAAAGUCCAGACAGGAUGCUGAGUUUCAAGAGCAAGGCUCCACGUUUUAAGAUGCACUUUUUCUCCCUAUUGAUUGUACGGAAGUAUGUCAUCUUUACACCGCAGUAUGUUUUUGUACACACAGUCAGUCAGAAUGAUAGGCCAGUUAAUCUGCCACACCAGACCUGUGAUCCAUAUUUGCUGGUUACUAGCAUCCAUGUUGUCAAGCAAUAAGAACAACUGCGCAGCCUGUGCAGGGUGGUGGGAGUGGAGAACCAGUGUACCUCACUCUGGGAGUCAGUGGGAGGUUCUGACAGGGUUCACAGGAGGAGGUGUGGGAUGUGCAAAGGCUUCUCUGCUCACUGAGGGUACGUUUGGCAGUCGCUGUUGUAGCUCCAGAGCGAGGUAUUUUGCUCUUGGCAGCAGGGGGAACAUGGAUGUCGUGUUGAAGCGUGAAUUGGUAGCAGCACAUGUGGACCAGAUGUCUGUUAUGAUCCUGGUGUCUGGAAGCAUCCGAGCACUGUUGUGAAACCAACACCUCUCUGUGUCUCGUUCUUCUUGGGAGCAUUGUCUGCUUUGGUGGUGGCCAACCACGCUGUAGUUCAGAAUAAAUUCUGACCAAAUCCGUUAAGGUUGGUAAAAGAAGGUGAAGACAUUGUAGAUGAGAUCUCUGCUGGUGGUUGUAGGGUGGCUGCAGUCUGUGAGAGAUUCCCUUCUGCUAUUUCCUGGCUUUUCUGAGGAGGAGGCAAAUGUAGCCCAGAGAUCUCUUCCAACGUAGAGUAGCUGGGACCUGCUGCCAUGUGCACCCCACUACUGUUGAACCACUCUGAAUUGGAUUGUGAAUGGUAGAAUUUCAUCUUUCAUUGCUCGAGACCUUCAGAAGGUGAGCCCUCAAAGGUGGAAGGCCCUUGAGCAGAUGCCUAGGAGGGAAGAUGCUGCUUACAGGGUGUCCCUCUCUCCCUUUCAGGGAGGACCUUGCCAAUCUGUGGUACUUUUUGCUCUGAAGAAUACAAAGGAAGUAGUUAGAGGAGGUGAUAAGCCAGUGAAUCUGUUACCUUCCAUGCAAAGUGCAGAGCAGGUCCCCAGAUGCAGAGUGGGUUGUUGUGAAGCAUGCCAUGAAGGAAGGCACAGGCUGGCAAGUUCCCCCUCAGCAUCAAGGAGCAGUGGGUACCAGGGCAGGAGGAGAGCUGCUCUUUUCCCUGGGCCCCCAGCAAAUACCCACUAGUAGAGUGCCACAUGUUACCUGCUACAUGGCAGGAAUGCCAUCCCCUGGAACACCAGGCUAUGAAGUGGCUCCAGUUGGGCAAACAGGAGGAAAACUGGGCAAAUUUCCUGGCUGGGUGGGUUUUAGUGGGGCAGGUGGGAAGGUGAGGAACGGCUGGAUGGGGCAGUUGGAACAGCAGUGCCAGUUGCAAAUCUGCCACUGCAGUUGACAUCUAGCACUUGUCAGUACCCUGAUGUCCACCUGCAUGUAAGGAACCAUCAGAAUAAAUACAACCAUCUUCCCACCUGGAGUACGUAAGCAUCACUCCAUCCCUUCAAGGGAUUCCCAUCUGCCCAAGAUCUACCCAGAUGUGUUUGUUCUGGGUGAAAUUCUGCCCUGCUCUCACACAAUCCUAGCUCUCUGAAAUUGCUUUUGCACAGGUAUGAGGGUAGAAUUGGGCCCACUCUGUUUAAUAUAUAAAUAUACAUAUAUAAAACAAAUAUAUUUUAUUUAUAUAUGCAAUCCAGUAAAGGAGAUUAAACAGAGUAGGAUGCCUAGGGAUUUGUUAUCCAGUCUCCUCCUCCUUCCUUGACUGUUCUCUUGUAUGUAUACAGCACAUUCCCAGGUUCUGGUUUAUGCAGGUAUGCGUGUUAUGAAACGUCAUUAAUGGUGGUUGGUCUACAUAUCCGUCUAAUAACUAAUAACUAAUCUCGUGUAUGUAAUAUCAAUACAGAAAUGACUACUUUUAAUAGAAUUAACUCUUUGGCUUUUGUUCUGUUAGUGCGAUUUAAACAAGCCAACGCCGUUCGGAAUAGGUUGUUUUUUCCUUAAGAGGCAUGAAAAGCAUCUAUUAUCGUGUUACAAUGUUAAAAUAUUCAGUCUUUGACAGAAAAAAAACGUGUACUGUGUAGGCAUUGCAGCAACAAAAUAGAAAAAGAUAAAAAAAAUCCCCCCCCGCUCCAAGGCAUUUGACUUCUUCCAGGUGUUGAUUGUGCCAAAUACGUGCAAAGAUAUAAUCCACUGGUUUAAAAAAGUCCUCAAAGCGUCUGCUAGAGCACACAAAGACUUAUUUUGUCAUCGAGUGAUUUCAAUCUUCAGUGUUAAUAUUUAUAUUUAGAUUGAUUUUUAUAAAUGAAAACUAUUUUACUGGGCAAAACGAGGACUAGAUGAUCUAUUGGGUUCAGUCUGAGUGAAUGUUAAGUUUGCCUUGUUAUUAUUAUCUGCGUACUCACCAAGAACUGUUGUCCAGAGGAAUUAUAAAAGAGUAAAAGUGGUUUAUGAACAGAAUGCCUUUGAUUCAUAAAGAAAAACCAAAAGUUGC